AUGGGUGAUACAACACCAAUUGCACAGUCAAGCAAUGUGGACAAGGCAAUCACCUAUGACCACAGCCACCCAUAUCACCUUAAUAACUCUGAUUCACCUUGUAUGGCACUAGUAAACACUGUGUUUGAUGGUAGAGGAUACUCAGGUUGGAGAAGAUCUGUCCUACUAGCAUUAUCAGCCAAAAGGAAACUUGGUUUCAUCAAUGGAGCUUGUAAAGCUCCAGAUCUGAAAUCUGCAGAAUACGAACAAUGGAGCUGUGUAAAUGAUAUGGUCAUUUGUUGGAUUUCAAAUGCACUAUCAAAAGAGAUUGCAGAUAGUGUAAUGAGCUACAAAACAGCGAAAGAACUUUAUGACAGCCUAGAACAGAGGUUUGGCAAAUCAAAUGGGGCUAAACUCUAUCAUCUACAAAAAGAAUUAUCAACUCUGGUUCAAGGAAAUACUGACAUUGCUAGGUAUUUUACCAAACUAAAAAGAUUGUGGGAUGAAUUAGAUGCACUCAAUGUUGUUAUUUCUUGUUCAUGUGCAUGUGUGUGUGAAGGGAAGGCAAACCUGAUGAAAUCCUUAGAGGACCAGAGGUUGAUACAAUUUUUGAUGGGAUUAAAUGACAUACAUACACAAGCAAGAGGAAACAUUCUUAUGAUGAACCCUUUACCCAGUAUAGAUCUUGCAUACUCUUUACUUUUGCAAGAUGAAAAUCAGAGAGAAAUGUAUACCAAUGCUAAUCAUACUACUGAACCUGCCUCUUUUAUGGUGACUUCACAAGGGAGGGGUUAUCAGAGGAAUGGAAAUCAAGUUUUUAAAACACCAAAUCAAACACAUCAUAAACUUGGAAACAACACACAGAGGAACAACAAAGGCUUUCCAAAAUACAAGCCUAGAAAGGCAAAAUACAACCCAAAUGUGAGCUGCACAUAUUGUGGGAAAACAGGUCAUGUAGAGGAUGAUUGUUACAGACUUCAUGGUUUUCCUGAGGACUUUGAGUUUACAAAAGCCAAAUCCUAUCAAGGGAAAGCAAAUGGAGCAGUUGCUGAGGAAGAAUUUGAGUUUGCUAACAACACCAAGGUGGAAGCAUGCAACAAUAAUCAGAACAACCAUACUUCAUACAGCAAUCAACAUAACCAUGUUCCAUACAUGAGCAAGGAUCAAUAUGCAGAAUUGGUGCAACAAGUUAUUAAGGAAGUAAAGAUGGGACAAGCAGGAAGUUCAAACAGUCCAAAUGGUGGUUUCAAUGCAGGAGAAAUUGCUGGUACAAUUCUAAAGUAUUCAGGCACUUGUUUAUCAGUUUUUAACACUUGCACCUGGAUCAUUGAUUCAGGUGCCUCAGAGCACAUGUGUUUUGAUUCUAAAUCUUUUGUGUCUUUGUCUCCUCUUCAUGUUCCUAUCAGCAUCACUUUGCCUAAUUCUUUCAGGAUCAUUGUGACGCAUGCAGGAAGUGUCUCUAUUCUACCUAAAAUAACUCUGAAAAAUGUCCUUCAUGUUCCAGAUUUCAAAUAUAACUUAAUAUCAGUUCAUAAGUUAUGCAUUCAGUUUAAGUGUGAUGUGUUAUUUACUCUUAGUGGAUGCAUAUUACAGGACCCUUUAAUGAGGAACACUCAAGCUUUUGGUGAAGCAAGAGAAGGACUCUACUUGUUGUAG